AUGUUGGCGGCGCAUCGCGACCAAGAGAACCUGGUUCACAGCCAGCAAAUUCCCACCAAGCAGCAGCACAAGACCCCGGGCGCCCGAUACCCCAAGACGCCAUCUCGGUUUGCUCAGCACGAUGAGAACGCGCCCGCCGCUUUUACCGGCAAGACUGGGCUUGGAGGAGCAAAGGCCUUUCUUGGAAAUGAUAAGACUCUGACCAAGGGCCAUGGAGCUCAACAGGCCAUGGCGACUCCCAUGGGUAUGGGCAUCUUCCCAAAGAAAACAAAGACCAAUUGGCUAAUUGAAAACACUUCAUCAGGAACUCGAAGCAGAGCCCCCCUUGGCAACAAAACCACCAAUGCCAAAGCUAAGAAUGGGCAGGCGGGCGGCGUCAAGGACAUUGUCAAGGAGAUCGAGAAGACGCAGCUCAAGCCAACAGCUCAGAAGCCCAAACUCCGGCCAGUCGACCUCGCACCACUCGAGUUCAGAGUUAAGGAAGAACAAAAGGCGAUCGAGCAAGAGGAAGAGGAGCCUGAAUACGCUCCACCAAAGCCCAAGGACUUGCCUUAUGAAUCUGAUGUCUUUCCCAAGGACCUCCUGACUCUUGAGGGUCUCAAGAAGGAGAACCUUCUCAAGGGGUAUUAUCAGCAUUUCUACAACCCUGUAGAUGAUCAGGGUAUUUCUCGUCAGGACAGGGAAUUCGAAGCGGCCUUGAAAAAGGUGGCAACCAAGGCCGAGGAAAGAAACAAGCAGGAGAUUAAUGCUCUCACUUGGAACAUCGACGACCUUUCGGAGACUGAGGACCAUGCCAAGCCAGCGGUAACCAAGAACGCAGCCGCCGGGGUUUCGGGCCAGAAAAGAACGGGCAUUCGAUCCAAGCAGCCUUCCAGCCUUGCCUCGAGACGCGCUGCUUCGGCAUUGUCGAUCCACUCAGACACUAGCAGCAACACCAAGGUCCCGACUGUCGCACGAACGACGAAGGCUAGGAAGCCUCUCAGCUCCCUGGUUCAGGGCAGAAAGACCACUCGUACCGUCGCUCCUACGAAGGCCUCGCAUGCCGAUAGCGCCACUGCACAAGCUGCCUCAAGAACCACCAUCGGUUACAACCGAGGCCGAUCUGCCUCAUCCAUGAUGCAAGCCCAAACUCGUGGAGCUGGCGCGACAGUCAGGCCUCAGCGUUCGGUCAAGCCUUUGGAGACACUCGACUCCAUCCAGUCUGAUUCGACGAUCACACCGGCUCGCCUUCGCCAGGCGGCGUUGAAGAAGCAAGAGAGCCAGCCUCGCCCUCAGUUCAUGUCCAUCUUCGAUGAGGACAGCGAAGGCGACGACCUCGGGCCACUGAGUCAACCUCUGGUGCUUUCCGACGACGAAGACGAGUUUGAAUUGAAGCUGAACUUCUGA